AGCGCCUUGUAUAUUCAUCCGUUACGCUCUUUAUAAUACUGAACAGCGUUCAGCAUGUCCUUGCCACCAGAGCACACCCAGACCUCAAAGAAUAAAUCCAAACGCUCCCACAAAAAGAAACCAACUCCUGCCGACCCUGAGCAAGAACAGCCUGGAUCGUUAGAGUCUGGCGAUGUAGCACAAGCUGAUGGACAGGGAAAGCUCGCUUUGCUUGACAAUGGGGUGAACGAGAAGCUGUUGAAACGUCUUACCACGGCCAUGCUUGUAUCCGGUGCAGACACACUCCGGGCAGGAGAUACGAAGGAAAAGAAGUGCAAGGAGGACUAUCAAUUCUGGCGCACUCAGCCAGUGCCAGAUCUAAACGAAAACAUUUCGGAAAACUGUUGCAUCGAACCGGAUAAACCACACGAGGCCAUCCGCAAAGAACCGUACAGUGUACCUGGGGGAUUUUCUUGGUGUGAGAUAUCUCUCAAUAAUGACAUACAGCUCCAAGAGCUCUAUGAUUUGCUGUAUGAGAACUAUGUGGAGGAUGACGACCAUCUGUUUCGAUUCGACUACUCGAAGCACUUUCUGAAAUGGGCGUUGCAACCACCCGGCUGGCAUCCUGAUUGGCAUGUGGGGCUCCGUGUGAAUAAAAGCGAGAAACUCGUGGGUUUCAUUGCAGCAAUCCCAUGCAAUCUGCAAAUUUACGAAAAUUACUGGCAUCGUCCUUUGAAUCCAAGGAAGCUACUUGAAUGCGGCUUCUCCCACCUAACCCGAAACAUGACAUUGCAGCGAACAAUUAAACUGUAUCGUUUACCGGAAGCCACAAUGGUUAAAGGAUUCCGACAGCUUGUCAAAGCCGACAUCCCUCAAGUUUGGACUCUUGUUUCCAAGAUUGCGAUUCUCCUUCUCUUCAUGCGUCUUUUAUACCAAUCACAGUUCUUGGCGCAAUAUAAACUGCAUCCCAAUUACUCCCAAGAUGAAUUCGAACACUUCUUUCUCCCGCGAGAAGAUAUUGUGAACUCUUUUGUGGUCGAGUUGAAGUUUGACGUGUUCAAUGCAUUGGAUUUGAUGGAAAACAAAAAGUUCCUGGAGGAAUUAAAAUUUGGCAUUGGCGACGGAAAUUUACACUACUACCUGUACAACUGGCGGUGUCCGGUCGCCGAACCCCAUGAGGAUAGAUAUUAUGCCAUCAUCGGACUUGGUACCGAUCCACAAGAGUUGAAGGUACUGAUCGACACAGGAUCAUCAAUACUUUGGGUCCCUUCAACAGAAUGUGAUCGAGGCGCUUGGGCAACAAACAGCAAGUUUAAUCAGACGGCCUCCUCCACCUAUCAGUCAAUGGAGGGUGCCACGUUCACAAUUUCCUACCCACCAAACAUUGUAAAGGGAAUUGUUGGGAAGGACAAUCUACAG